CUACAGUGCUGCUUAGGUACAAUCUACAAUCUACGUACCACUCAUUCCUCACUUAUACCUUUUUUAACCCCUUUUCCGCACCAUCGUCUCAAGAAGCAUACUCACAACUUUGGCAAUAUGGAGAGCCCUCAUGAACACCAACAGAAUCUCCUCCUGUCACGUAUCAUUACCAACGUUGAGAAACUCAACGAGGCCAUUGUGGUCAUGAACAAGAGCCUUCAAGAGAUCAAUAUUCAGAAUAUGAAUAUCGAGCUCGUAGCCCAGAUGUUCAAGAACUAUCAGUCCAAUGUGCUGUUCCAUCUAGAAGCUACGGACAACCUAAAGGACCCCUCGUGAACUACCUACCUACCUAGGUUGCUACUGUACCUAGGGCACUUAGCAAUGGAAGAGUGAUAGGAGUAUAUCUGGAUUGAGACCGUUUGUAGCAUAUGCUAUACUAAGAGGCGCUCAUUUAGUUAUAUGGAGAGGAGAAACUCAACAUUGCGGCUGGUUAUAUGCUAUCUACUAGGUAGCCUUAUGAUAAUAAUGAGAUUCACUUGAGUAAGUACCUAUCUAAUAGAUGUGAUUUGUCUAAAUAUUGGAAGUAUCUCAAUGUAGCAGCACAGUCUAAUAAAUUCUAAUGUGAC